AUGGCCGCGUUCCUCUCCGACUCCCGGAAAGCAAGCCACGGCGACGCGUCCGUCAAAAAGUCGGAUCUGUUCGCCUCAGGUGGCGUGCCCAUCGCCGCGACCGCGAUCCUCUCCGGCUCCGAGAAGCAAGCAAAGCAAGCCCCGGCGACACCUUUUGUUGUCAGAAGCAAGAGCAACGCCCGCCCAAAGCAAAGCCAAAGCAGGAGCCCGUCUCGUCUUUGCCGCCACCCGACUUCCAACCGGCGAGCCAGCCACCCACCCACGAGCACGAGGAGAACAAGCAAGCAACAGCAAAGAUCCGGCGGCCCUCGCUCUCUCCCGGGCCGGGGAUGGCUGACGGCGUCGUGGCGCGCGCUGGCCGCGGCGGCGCUGGCGCUCUGGCUGGUCCCCGUGGUCCUGGCGCUGGCGCUCCUCUGGCUGCCGCUGCUCUGCUGCGCCGUCGCCGCCGUCCGCUUCCGGCGGGUCCGGAAGUCGCGCGCCUGCGGCGGGCGAGGGGGGUCGUGGCGGGAGGAUAUCACGGCCGAUGACGCCGGCGAUCGGGCGCGGCUGCUGCACCGGUACCUCCGCGACCAGAUGGAGCUCGUCGGCGCCGGGGCCGACGACGCAGGGGACCAGCUGGAGCUCCCAGCUGAUCAGUAGAGUAGUGCCCAGGAAGAAUCAAAGAAACUUCUAUUUUCCUUUGGGUUUGCAGUUUCUAGCUAGGAUUUUACUUACUUUACAUGUAUGAUAGCUGAUCGGAGCUGCCAGAAGCUUGACCAGAAAAUUUGCUUGUGGCUGGUGGAGCAUCAGGAGCGGUUUCUUUGCUGAGAUCUCGCUUCUUGCUUCCGCCCAAGAUUUCUGCUAGUGCUAGUACUUAAUACGGAGGCAAUGAGGCAUGGGCUUGAACCAGCCUUCUAUUACUUGUUUUCUCUCCGACUCUCUCUGAUUGAUGCUUCGAGGAGCAUGGGUUGAUGGAUCUUGGAUCGGAACAUUUAAUUUGCAGUGUCUGACUGUAUCUGACGUUAUCCAUUCAUGUUGGAUUGGAUUGGAAACCA